GUCUGGACAUGCCAAAAACAUGACCGAGUCAUGGCUUCUCAUUUAUUUUUCCCAAUAAUAUUUACCGCUCCUGUGGCUAUAUAAAUGGACGACGCCAGCUGAUUGCAUCAAACGACACCACCUUUGCCACUCCCCCCUCUACCCUCUACUGCAGUGACCCAAAGGGAGCUUCAAACCCAUCCUUCGGUGUAACACAACAUGGCCACCAAAGUGGGGUCGGCGUCUUCCCAGCAUCCCAAUAAGGGUAACCUGAGCUUAUUCACCUCGACCGACCACGAGAUCUUGAACCAGAUUUAUGCAACGCACGUCCACGAUGAUGAAAAGUUUGAUGUUGAGUCUCUUUUCAUCAUCGUCGAGAACAUCCUUAAGCGUGCCACCCAGAUCGUCGAUAAUGUUGUCCUGCAGGGUAGCCAAACAACGGUAGAACAUUUGGACGAGAAGAUGCCCAAAGCAAGCUUUAGUCCGCCCCUGUGUACACUCAAGAGUAUUUCCUACGAGAUGCAAUGCAAGGCCCCUAGUGAAGAAGUCGCUUACGAAACAACCCUGUCAAUACUUAACAAAUUAUCGAACUAUUCUUGGGAUGCAAAAGCAGUGCUGACCCUAGCGGCUUUUGCUUUGAACUAUGGGGAAUUCUGGCUGCUUGCUCAGAAUCAGUCAUCGGACCAACUCGCCAAAUCAGUGGGAACCCUGAGGCGGGUUUCUAUCCUCUUAAAGGGACCAAAUCUGCAGAAACAUCGCCAGGCGCUAAUUGAACUUAACAGUGUGAUCAAAGCCACACUGGAAGUUAUUGAAUGCAUCUUUGAGUUAGAGAAGCUAUCAAAUUAUGACACAAAGGAUGUGCCAGCUCUGUCAACUGGCGUGGACCAUAUUCCAGUGGAUGUUUUUUGGGCCAUUAUCACCGUUGUAGCCAGCACAACUCAGCUUUGUUGCCUCACUAGCGAUGAGGGCAAGAAACAGGAGCUAUCCCUGUUUUCUCAGAAACUCAACGUGAUCGUCUCAAAACUUAGGAGGCAGAUAACGAUUUGCAAACAACAGAUAGAGGAGACAGAGGCUUAUUGGAGGCUCGUGAAACUUUUUCGAACUCCUACGGAAGUCAUGGAGGUAUUUAAGGGACUGAUUUUCACCAAGGACAAAUUGCAGCCGCUAUUUGAUGGUUCUACUAGAAAGCCGGUUAGCAUUGAGGUGCUGAAGAGGAAGAAUGUCUUACUGUUCAUCUCGGGGCUAGAUAUCUCGGAUGAUGACAUUUCAAUUCUCAAACCAAUUCAUGAGUUAAUAAGUAAGGAGGAUCAGUAUAAGAUUGUAUGGAUUCCAAUUGUGGAACAAUGGACGGAGGACCUGCAAAAGAAGUUCGAGAUGCUGCGGGCCAAGAUGCCUUGGUACGUAGUGCAGUAUUUUUCCCCAAUAGCCGGCAUCAGGUUCAUCAAGGAGAAGUGGCACUUCAAGGGUAAGCCCUCCGUUGUGGUGUUGAGCCCUCAAGGAAGGGUUGAAAGUGACAAUGCAAUCCACAUGAUCAGGGUAUGGGGAGUCAAGGCCUUCCCCUUCACCACUGCAGUGGAAGAAACCCUUUCCAGUAACAAGGAUUGGAUUGGGUCCAUAGCAACUGGCGUUAACCCAAAUAUUGAGAGCUGGAUCAAAGAGGAAAAGUAUAUAUUUUUCUAUGGGGGCAAGGACAACGAGUGGAUCCAACAAUUUACUAAAAGAGCAACUGCUCUUGCCAAUGACCCGGUGAUAAAGGAAGCAAGGAUUUCCAUAGAGGUUUUGUUGGUAGGAAAGGGCAGCAAAGGAGAGGACAACCACAGUCUUCUAGGGCGCUUCUGGACCGGCAUCGAGAGUAUGUUCAUUUCCAAGACUCGAAGGAAGACCGAAGCAGACGCUGUGACACUAGAGAUCCAAAAGCUGCUCUCCUACAAGAAUGAGAGUGGAUGGGCUGUGCUCAGCAAAGGGUCUAGUGUGGUGCUCAGUGGCCAUGGGACAACCAUCUUGAAGGUCUUGGAGGAGUUCGACAAAUGGAAGGAGCUUGUGCGUGAGAAGGGCUUCGAACUCUCUUUCAGAGACUACCACAACCAGGUUCUUCACACUUCUCACAUCUGCUGCCGCAUUGAUAUCCCCAAUAGCAGUGGAAAAAUCCCAGAGAUCAUGAAAUGUCCCGACUGUCCCCGAAUCAUGGAGACGUAUAUCAGUUUCAAGUGCUGCCACAUUGAUGGUGCUGCCAACUCAGUGCAUUAAAAAUGACCACCAGCUUCCUGAGGGCUAAAUUAAUGGUAUUAGUAAAUAAAUUUAUGUGGUUGAAAAUGUUGUAAGAUGAGUUUGUCCUGUCAUGUGGAUAUAUAAUUUCUUGGUUGUAUUUUUCCUUAAUUUAUUUUGUCUACCGAGUGGAUAUGUGUGUAAUCUUGCGUUGUCAGCUUGCAAGUGGCAUCCUUCUGGUAUGGACUUUCA